AUGGGUCAGCGGCUCAGUGAAGAGACAGACGAUAGAGAGAUCGAUGUUGCUGAACUACAAGAGUGGUAUAAAAAAUUUGUGGUGGAGUGCCCAAGUGGAACCCUCUUCAAGCAUGAAUUCAAGAGCUUCUUUGGUGUAACCGACAAUCAAGAGGCUGCAGACUACAUAGAGAACAUGUUUAGGGCUUUCGAUAAAAAUGGGGACAACACCAUUGAUUUUCUGGAAUAUGUUGCAGCUUUGAACUUGGUUUUGCGAGGCAAGCUGGAGCACAAACUGAAAUGGACUUUUAAAAUGUAUGAUAAGGAUGGAAGUGGCUGCAUUGACAAAACAGAGCUGAAAGAAAUUGUGGAGUCAAUUUACCGAAUGAAAAAGGCAUGCCAUGGAGAGCUGGAUGAGGAGUGUAACCUGCUUACCCCAGACCAGGUGGUAGACCGGAUAUUUGAGCUAGUGGAUGAGAAUGGAGAUGGAGAGCUUUCUUUGGAUGAAUUUGUUGAUGGUGCACGGCGUGACAAGUGGGUCAUGAAGAUGCUUCAGAUGGAUGUUAACCCAGGAGAAUGGAUUAAUGAGCAGCGAAGGAGAAGCGCCAACUUCUGA